AUGCUGUCAAACUUUUCCCGUCGAUUCUUAAGAGUCGGACAAAAAGUCCCCAAAUCCAAAGCUGUUCUUGUCGUCAAGAAAGACGGAAAAUUCCAAAUUGAUAAAGACGCAGAUGUAGCAAGAUUGCUUGAAAGGAAAAAAGCUGUGAUUAUUGGAUAUCCAGGAGCUUUUACACCCGUGUGUACCUCAAGACAUCUCCCAGGGUUCAUAAACAUGCUGACUGAAUUCCAUAAUAAAGGCUGCGACGUUUAUGCAUUGUCAAUUAAUGAUCCAUUGGGAUAUAAAAUUAAUUGAUAAAAUAAGCAUGUACUGCAAAAAAUUAAUUAUAAUAAUUAACUAGAUCCAUGGGUCGUCAAAGCUUAUGCUGAAAGCCUUGGAGGAGAGCUGAAAUAUAUUGCAGAUGCUGUAGGAGAUUUAACACAGUUAAUAGAAGGAGGGUUUGAUUUUGGAGACGAACUUGGAUAUAGGACCAGAAGAUUUUCUGUAGUCAUUGAAAACGGGGAAAUUAAAGAAAUUAAUGAUGAGCAAGGAGGAGAGUUAACAGAUAAAGCUACAGCAGAAAAUACCAUAAAACAAGUUUAA